UCGAAGCUGCCUCGAUUUUAGGAGAAGUAUCUCAUUUGGUCCCUGCUCUCCUGAGCAAGCAGGAUGUGAUCUGUCUGGACAGCAGUGGUGAUGAAGAUGAAAAAGUGGACCCCAAGCUGCCUGCACUUGCCAUUAGAGAUGAUAUAAUUGAGCUUAGUUCUGGGGACGAGGACGCCCUGCAGAUCAGCAGCGAGUCGGCUGAUGAAGACGCUGAUGGCACCACGGCCUCCGAGGAGAGCAGCGGGGCACACAUCAACGACGCACUGAAUCUGCCUGAUGCGCAGGGACGAGUGCUCGUUAAUAUCGGUCACCCUGCAGAAGAGAAAGACAUUUUCCUCGCUCCACAGCUGGCCAGGGCUGUCAAACCUCACCAGAUCGGGGGAAUCCGGUUUCUCUACGACAACCUUAUCGAGUCUCUGGAGCGGUAUAAGACCAGCAGUGGCUUUGGCUGCAUCCUGGCUCACAGCAUGGGGCUGGGGAAAACACUACAGAUCAUUUCCUUCACUGACAUCCUCCUGAGGAAUACUGAGGCUCACACUGUGCUGGCCAUUGUUCCUGUGAACACACUCCAGAACUGGCUGACAGAGUUUAACCUCUGGCUCCCACCUCAAGAGGCUCUUUCCGCGGACACUGACCCUGCACUCGUCACCGGCCGCACAUUCAAAGUUCACAUUCUCAACGAUGAGCACAA